GUGGCUGUUGCGCAUGUCGUGGGGUGAUUCCAGAUACUUCGCAGCAUCCAAACACACACGGGAAGCCGCCUCAGCUUGUUUCCUCUCCAACUGUAAAGUUACGAACCUCCGUUUACUAGUUUGCUACAUACUAAAAAGGCUCUUUGGGUUCUACAGCCAUGGUGUGCAUUCCCUGCAUUGUGAUUCCUGUCCUGUUGUGGGUCUAUAAGAGGUUCCUGGAGCCGAUUCUCUAUCCUUUCAUUUCCCCCAUUAUGAAUAAGUUCUGGACCAAGAAAGCAGUCCAGGAGACGGGCACAGGGGACCUAAAGGCCAGUGAAAAGAGUAAUGGGACCUGCAAGCCUGAAACCAAUGGUGAGGUCACUGCCAAUGGGUCCCAUACAGUAGCAGAUAAGAAGACAGACUGACACCUUCUUUCCAUUAUUUUAAUGCAUCUAAAAUUGUGUAAAUAUUUCAGUACACAGAGAAAAAUAUAUUAACUUAUGAUUUUACUUUGUAAUAAAUUGAUUCUUAGACGCUUACAAAAUUAUGUUUGUGUGCUGGCUUAUGAUAUUUUUUUCAUCUCAAUAGCUUUAAGAAAUUCAUAAUUGUUAUUGUUUCCCCUGUUUAUCAUGAUUUGAAAACAGGUACUUUAUUGAAUAUGUACAAUCUGUAUAGGAUAGUGCAUAACAUCACAAGUUUUUGUACGUCAGACUCUUUCAUCACUAAAUAAAAGGAUGAUAAUAAAUAAAUAAA